GCGAUCUGUACAUUGCACUCUUAGCGUACAACUCAAUUAAUUUAGAAUAGUAACUUGGCUAUUUCAUAAUCUACUAAACUAUUCGCGCACUAGCUUAUAAAAUGAGGCAUUUUUUACGUUUUGCACUAACUUCAUUUAAACGAUCGUCGUAUUUGAACGUCAAUCUACGAAAUCACGCUCCAUGCUGGAGAAAAAUGGCGACCGAAGUGGAUAAGGCUCAAACUGCAGUUGCCGGGGGAGAUACUAUUUUUGGGAAAAUACUUCGCAAAGAAAUACCAUGUACUUUCAUUUAUGAAGAUGACAAGUGCGUUGCAUUUAGUGACAUUAACGCCCAAGCACCGGUGCAUUUUCUGGUGAUUCCACGAAAACCAAUUGAGCAACUCUCGAAAGCAGAGGAUGAGGACGAAGCCUUAUUGGGUCAUUUAAUGAUUGUUGCUCGAAAAGUCGCGAAACAACAGGGUCUCGAUAACGGUUUUCGUUUAGUCAUCAACGACGGUAAAAACGGGGCACAAUCGGUGUAUCACUUGCAUCUACACGUCCUCGGUGGUCGUCAAAUGCACUGGCCUCCUGGUUAAGAAACGUCCGUUUUCCAUCAUGUUACAUACAAUGUAACUUAUGAGUACACAAAUAAUCUAAUUAACAAUAAAAUAUUAUAGAAAAAACUGCA